UCGCCGUCCACGCCAGGCACCUGGCCAGUCCGGCACCCACCAUGACCAAGCGUGGUAGGCGGGUACCGACAGUCGGCACCAAUGGACGUCCGCCUAAAGCGAUCAAGGGGGCGAACGCUGCGGCCGUGAGAAAUGCAAAGGCUAUGAACAAGCUCUUGGAUGAUAUGGAGAAGAGAGAGGCGGCCACCGCCGCUGCCGAAGCAGCUCUCGCGGCCAAGGAAGAAGAGGUGAAGGCCAUGAAGGCGUCAGUGGCCAGGGAUCAGGAGAAGCUCGCGCGGGACAUCGCGAGGUCGGACGCUCUUCAACAGCAGCGUGAACGGCGAGAGCAGGAUCGUGUCAGCAAGGUUGCUGAAGCGGCGACUUCCAAGCUUCCCCCUCUCGCGCUGAAGUUUGUCGAGGACUCCGUGCAAUCGCUGAGGCCCAAGACUGGCGAGCUCACCACCCUGCAGCAGUCGCGGAUGAUUCUCAUGCUGUACUUCGACCUGGUGAAAGGAGGCAGCUCUGAGAACCACGCAAAGGAGCAGGUCUUCCGCCGUACCGUCAAGGAUUACUUGGAGUGUUCGUACGGAUUAGAGAUGUCAAAUCGUGCCGUGGGAAGGUUGCUGCAGCGCCUUGGCUUCAAGCACCGUAGGGGUAGGAUCAAAAUACCACCGUUGAACGAAGAGAGGAAAAACCGCAUCCGCCUCUUUCUUGUUAAGAUGGACCUCGCGAAGAGGGCCGAGGGCGCUGGGGUCGCAGUCAUUGUGUACAUGGAUGAGAGCUUUGUUCACCAGGCGCAUGGUUCCGCGUACUCGUACUUUCCUUCUGACGAUACGGGGGUUAUGCAGGAUGGGAUAGGCCGUACAACGGGGAAAGGUUUGCGCAUGAUCAUGGUGCAUGCGAUCGCGAAGCACGGGCCCUUGGCCGAGCUACAGGAGAGAUUUCCUAUCCGUGAGGGUUGGUUCAAGGCUAAGGAAAACCGUGCGAAGAAAAUUAACCCUGGGGAGGCGGAUUUCGAAAUGUCAGAUGAGCAGACAGCAGAAUUUCUGUGGCAGGCCAAGUUGGCAACUGGAGAUUAUCAUAACGCCAUGACGGAUGGGAUGUUCAUGCAGUGGUUGAAGCACCGACUUACCCCGGCCUUCGAUGCGCAGUUCAAGAACAAGAAGAUGUUUCUCGUUCUCGAUAACGCCUCAUACCACCACCACUGCUUUGACGAGGAGCUCAAGGUGAUGCGUGAGUCGGAGGGUAAGGCUGUUGAGUACAACUUUGAGGUGCCGGCGCACGGGUCGUUACCCAAUGCGAACGGCAAGAACGGCGUCUGCAAAGAAGAGAUAGCCUCCGUCACUCGGACGCACUUCAAAAAUAAAUUUCCACAGAAGCUCGAGGAAAAGGCUGAGACGUGCAUGAGGGAGAAGGGGUGGGGGUACAUGCCGACUUUCCAGCCGAUCGAGCUAUUCUGGCAGCACGGCAAGCAAUACGUGAGCAUUCAUUUUGAGAAGGGGCGGAACAUGUUGGAUGUCGGGAAGCAAACCCGUCUCGGUUGGUAUGGCGACCCGGAAUGGGACGGUCAGGAGGGGGGGUGGAAGGCAGCCAAUUGUGGAAAAUUGGUGGAACAUGCCAUUGGCAAGAUGAACGAGUGGAUCGGCCUGUAUGGUGGAAACCUGAGCGGUACGAUCGGUAGCCUCGAGUAUCCAGUAGCAGAGUACCGAGAGGCUACGGCCGAGGAUGAGAUAGAGGAUGGUGUGGAGGAACAGACUGAUGAGUGGCUGGGUGAGGACGCGGAAGAUGCCAUUGAGGGCUGAAAAAAAUGCAAAAAAAAAUG